AGAAUGGGGCCCGUGGCUGUGUUGUGCUUAGCUGCCUGUGUGUGACUGUCAAAUUUGUAAGGACUGCCAGUGCUGCCUUAGCACGGCCUGCCCGGAGGGAUAGAGGGAAGAGCAGGAAGAGCGCUGCCUUGGGGCGCUGGGCCCGGGCUGGGAAGACAGGCUUGUUGGCUCCCUCCGCGAUCAGCACCCGAGGCCACCUUCCCUGAGUUCGCUCGGCGCGUUUCCUCGCCCAGCCCGACCCGUGAUCGCGGCCUAGGGCCGGUGUUGGCGUCUUGCUCUCGGUUCCCAUCUGCACCUUGAGCUUCUGCGCUCUGCUCGCUAUGGAGCCCGGGCCGUGCAGCAGGCCCGCUGAGCCUGGGCAUUGCGUGAGCGGCCCGGCGGGAGCGGACUCAGCGUUCCCGGCGUCCCCAUUGUCCCCUGCCGGGGCGGAGCCCGGGAGUCGCCCUGGAACCGUGGCCGCCGUGCUGCCGGCUGGGGGUUGCGGGGAAAGGAUGGGCGUCCGCACCCCGAAGCAGUUCUGCCGGGUUCUGGAGAGGCCGCUCAUCAGCUACACUCUGCAGGCCAUGGAGAGAGUAUGCUGGAUAAAGGACAUUGUUGUGACGGUGACAGGGGAGAACAUGGAAGCAAUGAGAAGUAUCAUCCAGAGGUAUGGGCAUAAGCGCAUCUCACUAGCUGAGGCUGGAGUCACUCGCCACAGGUCAAUUUUCAAUGGACUCAAAGCCUUGGCAGAAGAUCAGCCUGACUGUAAACUCACUAAGCCGGAAGUUGUGAUUAUCCAUGAUGCCGUGAGACCUUUUGUUGAGGAAGACAUCCUCCUGAGAGUUGUCCUGGCAGCCAAGGAACAUGGGGCAGCAGGAGCAAUUCGACCCCUGGUGUCCACUGUCAUCAGUCCCUCUGCUGAUGGUCACUUAGACCACUCACUGGACCGUGCCAAGCACAGGGCAAGCGAAAUGCCCCAGGCUUUUCUCUUUGAUGUGAUCUAUGAAGCAUAUCAGCAGUGUAGUGAUUUUGACUUGGAAUUUGGAACAGAGUGCUUGCAGUUGGCCCUAAAAUACUGUCACAGGAAAGCAAAACUUGUAGAAGGGUCCCCUGACCUCUGGAAGGUGACCUACAAACAAGAUCUGUGUGCAGCUGAGGCCAUGAUUAAGGAGAAAAUUUCACAAGAGAUUUGUGUGGUCAUGAACACAAAAGAUGAAGAAGAAUCUGUAGGACAACUUCUUGAGGAAGUGCUAAGAAGUGAACUGAAUUGUAUUAACGUCACAUCCACAGCUAUGGAUCACACAGGCGGAGACAUUAAGAACUUCACAGACCAAUGCUACAGUUUCAUCUGUGUGAAUGUUGGGUCCUCUGAUACUCAAGAAACCAGGAAGUUACUGAGUAUACUUGAAGAGAGCAGACUUCCUCUUCUGUAUCCUGUAGUUGUCAUUUUGGUGCACUGCUUUGACUUCACAUUUGUACCUCUCGCUCAGAAGAUGGAAAGCCUGAUGUGGAUUAGGGAAUUAGCAAAGGAAGUUAGAGAAAGGAAUAUUCUAUUAAGUGGGCUCCUCCUAAAUUACUCACAGGAUGAGCAGAAGCUACAAGAGAGUUUAAGACAAAGUGCAGCCAUCAUAGCUGCCUUAGUUAAGGAAAGAAAUUCUGCACUCGUUGGGCAGCUCCUGGUGGCAUGAAGAACACAGACAAAAAUCAUCUAUAAGCUUCCAAAGAGACACCCCCUUCCCCACCUCAAUGUCUCCUCCUUGUACACAGAAUAUUUUAAUUGUUUUCUUUAUCUUGCCACUUAUUGGAUGUGAUACUUAGGUUGUGAAAAUGGGUUAAUGUUUGUGUCCAUGAAAUUAUGUGUCAAAUAAAAGUGGCUCCAACCAGAAAAGGCUAAAUAAAUGGGAAAUACUGCUUUCCUGUAAAGAAUCUGUUCACGACUGCAGCAAGUCCAACUAAAAUGAUAAAGUGAGGCAUUCCUUCAAGGAUGAGAGCUUAGACAGCUUGGCUGUUAAGUCUAUGCUAAUUAACAUAUUGGUCACAUUAUGGUGGAGCUAAUGAAUACCCUUCAGAAUUAGUCCUAAUUCUAAAAUUCUCAUCUUACCAUGUGAUAAUGUAUCUUGUUGCCUUGUUUUGGAAUUCACUACACCUUAUAAAGAGGAGGGGAGCAGGGAAGUUGGUUUAGUGGGCAAGCUCUCGCCUAGUAUGAAUGGAGCAACAUCAUCACAUAAGAAAAAGAAAACCAUGCUGGUAAAUAUAGGAAAAAAACAGGAAAGGGGGUGUAUCCAGUUUUCUUCCUCUUUAUCUUUUAUUGCUCUCAAUCUCUAGAAAUCUCUAAAGAGAAUGAGAUCCACUCUUUUAUCAGUUUUAAAUUGUAUCUUUUCUUUGGUUUAUGAGAUGUUAUGCUGAUACUAUUUUAAAGAGUCUCUACUUCUUCUGGGUUAGUUUCAGAAAUGUCUGAAGAGUUUCAUGAAAGUUGAGUUGCUUCAGUCCAUUCAUGCCCAUGGUCUUCUGAAAGACAGGGAGGCCACUUAGCUAAUCUUGAUAUAGGAAUGGUGGCCUUGCUAAAUCAAGAUUUCAUUCUUUGCAAUUUCUAUUGGCCAUACAUAAUAUUGUCAUUUAUGUUGCAUUUAAUACUUAUAUAUAUGUACAGUUGUUAAAAUGCCUUUAGUUACAUACAUACAUUUUAUUGAAAUAUGUUAAAUCAGAACACACUAGAACUUACACUGGAUGAAGAAAUUAUAAAAGCUGCAUGAAGUGUGUUUACUCAGGAUUGUCAAUAAAUGUGUCUACUUUUUGAAAUGUCUCCUGUAAUAAGUUAAAUAAAUUCCUCUAUCUUUUUGAGUUUCAAUA